AUGUGCAUCACGAACUUUCGUUUAUUUGUUCUACUACGGUUGUUGCUGAUUGCUACAACUGGUAUUGUUGUAGUGGAAUGCAAGAAUAAUGGUUGGCCAUUGAGUGAGUCUGGAACAACACAGACUAACUGGACUGGUACUUGGCACGGUGUACUUGAAGCCUAUCCAGAAGGUGAACAAGGUUCUGGCUGGAAUGUGACACUAGAGAUCGGACCCUAUCCAAUGACGGAUGGGGCUUGUACUAUUUGGCGAAGUACUCUCUUAGAGAAUAACAUUCGACAGGGAUUGAAAGACUAUCGUUUCUGUCGAGGCCGUGGUGCUGAUGAUCUAUUUAUCGAUGAAGGUAGUGGUGUGACAAUAUCAGCACAAUGGAUCAACGAUGUGCUCGUAUCACCAUUCAAAUAUAAAGGUGUAUUUGCUGUUUCUAGUAUGCGUAUGCGUGGAGACGUUCUUGAAGAAGAGAUUUUAAUUACAGAGGAUAAACCGGGUAUAGAAGAUGUUGUUGUGUCAAUCAGAGCAAACAGUAUUCAUCUUAUGAAAAUGAGACGAAUAUCGGCUUAA